UUGGCCUUUCACUCCUCAAGGUGCAACCUUCCACCGCUCAAGAAGGAAUAUUUGGAGGACGUGGGAAACAAAACCCACCUGGUCACCGCCAACCCCAGCAUCAUCGAGAAAAGAUUCCAAGGCCUUUUCUGGUCUAGAAAAGCUUUCGUGGACUAUUUGAAGGCAUACGGCUCCAGCUUCAUCUACAUGCCAGCGUUCUCCAUGAGGCCCGGCACCGACCCGUCGCUCCGGGCCUACUACGCCAUCACGGACUCCCCCUCCAACCUCACCAUGCUCUUCGCCAACCCCGACUUCCUGCGCAACGUGGGCAAAUUCUGGAAAGCGCGCGGCGUCCACGCCAUGCGCCUCUCCACGGGCCUCUUCCUGGUCAGCCUGGCCCUGGGGAUGUGCGACGAGGUGACGGUUUACGGCUUUUGGCCGUUCUCCAUCAGACUGGACGGGCAGCCCAUCAGCCACCAUUACUACGACAACAUCCUGCCCGACAAGUGGAUCCACACCAUGCCGGAGGAGUUCGUCCAGCUGUGGCACCUCCACAAAAGCGGCACCCUGCGAGUGAAGGUGGGAAGCUGUCGACCUCAGAGUGAAGGGAAUUAGGGCGCCUACGGACUCACUGACGUCGGUGAGGUUAUUACGGUGAGCAGGAGAAGAGGGUCGGAUUGCAAAAGAUCAAGACGCUUGUGAGAGUAAAGGUUAUACUCUCACAAGCGUGAGAGUAUAACCUUUGGGAGGUACCCACACUGCACCCAUGAUUAUUUAUUUACCUGCUUUUUAUUCCUGUUCAUCAUAAAAAUGUCUAUUCCCUGACACACGCACGCACGCACACACACACACACACACACACACAGAGCUUCCGUACAGUCCCAAAACUUUCCGUGGAUCUGCCCUCAUCUGUGGAACAGUGUGUUCCACGGGAAGCCUCAGCUGCGAAAGAGGAAAGGGGGUGAGGGGGGUGGAUUUUCCUCUUGACUGACACAUGUGGCAGGUGGACCAACCCCCAUCUGAGUUUCUGAUGUAAGGAGGCAGAGGGAGCGAAGGGCCAAAGGGGAAUAAUAAAAUGCACUGCUGAAACCCAACGAACAAUGGACAGAUAAUGGUGUCCUGGUGGCUUGAAAAGAAGUGGAAUCUAAUUGAGCAAGGGGUAAAAAAAACAAAAAGUGUUUUGUUUUUUCAGGGUGUGAUCUCAGUUUUUUUCUCAAACUGACUCGUUCCAAAUGGAGCUGUUAUACAAUGUACUUACUCUUCUGAAUUAAAUCCCCUAGAAUGUUAAGCCAUGUUGCAUUUUAAACCUUCAAUCUAAAAGGGAAAACCUGCUGUUGUGUAUCUUGUCUUUGUUUGCCAAAUGUGAUGUUUUUAUUAUUAUUAUUGCUUUUCUUUAGGUUUUAAUGUGAAUUGUGUUUGUGGUUCAUCAAGGGGAGGGAAGAUAUUUUCCUGCCGAAACACAUAGGUACCUCAGCUUUCGCUUCACUUUUAACGGUGAUUGCCUUUUGUUUUUCGGUGAAACUCCGCAAAAGCAGGCUCCCUAGUUUAAAUCCAAUCCACUUCUGUAGAGAGCCUUGCUGGAAGUCGGCCCCCUGGUAGCAGGACUGUACUUGUCAAGUGCCAAACCAGGGGAACAGUGGACUCUUUCAUGCUCUGCCACCCAGUCCUCGUGCUGCUUGCGCUCUGAAACGAGGAGACGCUGAUAUAAAGAGGACACCGACACAUGAAGAGGAACUCGAUGGCACAAAGCGGGGCUUUCAGUCAGUGUUGCUCUUUCCCCCAUUAGAUGUAGGAAACCUCAUUGAGUAAAUAGUGAACCCGUUGCACUCGGUUAUCGAUCAUUUUGGCCUCAGAGAACAGGCGCAGCUGAGCCUCUGUCCUGAACUCUUCUUAUGAUAUUUUGUUUUCUUUUUUGCCUUCAAAAUCAAAUCAAAUGGACUUUUUUUUUUUUUGUAUACAUGCAAAACCUGCAUUGCUUAUUCAUUUGAUGGCGUCUUUUUUUGUUGUUUUUUUGUUUUUUUUUCCUUAAAAAUGUACUCUCGUAUGUGCUAUUGUGCCAUACAUGAUGGUGCAACAAUUGAGAACUCUGCAUGGGGAACGCGGGAUGUGAACCGCAGUCCUCGCUGCUGGAGGUACCAAACGUCUUUGGAAGUUUAGUGCUGUACGUUCUUAUCUGCUCCGUCUGUAAAGCUGAAUGAGGUCCAGUGCCCUUUAGAGGAAUUAGAGGAGAAUCCCUCGUGAACUUCUCACUGGUGUGGCUGACGCGAUGCAGUUGGUGAUGCUUACUUUUUCGGUUUUCGGUGCUGUCGAGAGAAAGAAACGUGUUGCCGUUCUUAUGAAUCGGUAAUCAGAAGCCUUUUGUGGCUUUGUGAAGAGAAAUCAAUGACUUUAACAAAACAUGCCGCUCUCUACAUUGAGGGGCGUUAAUCAUCAUAUUUGAAACGUUUUCUUUUUCAUGCUCAUUUGCGCCCGACUACUAAAAGUUGCCAAAAAGUGAUUUUACCAAUCCUGGGGUUUGAGACAUUAGAAAAUGGCCAUCCAGAAAGAGAGCUGGAUUCUAAAACUCAAGCGCAAAUUUAUAGGCAACAUAUUAUCGGUCAGUUUUUCCAGGGACAAAAAGAAAGUCAGGAGAAAUGUUGUCUAACAAUUAGCUUGGAGACCCAACUGACUGGCACCCUACCUCAGGACGUAAAAGCACUCUCUGCAACCAUUCAGGUAGAUUUAAAUUCCUGCCUGCUUCUGACUAGCAUUUUUAACAACAGAGAAAUUCUUUCUAUAAGCAAAACUCUGCUGUGAUCGUGUAAGACAUAAUGGCUGCAAUACCAAUAAAUCACAUCAUUUCUUUCUUUUUCUUGUCAUUGUUUUUAAGCUUUUAAAAUUUGACACCAAAAAUUAUAUUUACCCUGUAAAGAUUACCCUGCAGAGUACCAUCAGAGUGCAGGCUUGGUUUUAUCUAAGGUUUUUUUUUUUUGUUUUGUUUUUUGUUUAAGUGAAUGUUAGUCUGACUAAUUGCACUGAUAGAUUUACGUUCUAUGUCCUGUACUGCCUUGCUCGUUAGCCUGAAAUGCCAAGUUAGCAUGACCAGUGAUCCUCAGACUCACAAUAAUGAGAAGGAAAAUGGAGUUCUUUUUUUAAUCGAAGACUAUUCCUUUAAAAAGGGCAGUGCAUAUCUAAUGCCGAGCAUGUGUGUUUGACUCUCUUUUGUUUGAGGUUACAAACCUCAUUUGCUAUGUAAAUGUAACUUUAAUGUGAAUUAUUCCAAAACAAAACAAA